CCUGAGCUCUGACCACAAGCGAUCACGGACAUCUCUUGUGCACACCCCAAUUAGGCCGCUUUGAUUAGCUCAAGCAGUGGUCUUUCACUGCGGACAUCUCUAGUGUUUGCUACGUUACAUUCAUUUUGUGAGCUCCGGCCUGCCUCCCACAGAAAUGGCAGAUGACGCGGGUGCUGGCGGUCAAUCCAAGUACCCGCUCAACCCGGAGUCCUACCGGCUUCUCUGCAAGAUCGGCAGCGGCGUGAGCGCCGUGGUGUACAAGGCCGCAUGCCUGCCGCUAGGGUCGGUGCCGGUGGCCAUCAAGGCCAUCGACCUGGAACGCUCCCGCGCCAACCUCGAGGACGUGUGGCGUGAGGCCAAGGCGAUGGCGCUGCUGUCUCACGCCAACGUCCUGCGAGCGCACUGCUCCUUCACGGUCGGCAGCCACCUGUGGGUGGUCAUGCCGUUCAUGGCCGCCGGCUCUCUGCACUCCAUCCUGGCCCACGGGUUCCCCGACGGGCUCCCGGAGCCGUGCAUCGCGGUGGUGCUCAAGGAGACCCUCCGUGCGCUGUGCUACCUCCACGAGCAGGGCCGGAUCCACCGCGACAUCAAGGCCGGGAACGUGCUGGUGGACUCCGACGGCUCCGUGAAGCUCGCCGACUUCGGCGUGUCCGCGUCCAUCUACGAGACCCCGCCGGCGGCGGCAUCCUCGCUGUCAGGGCCCCUGACCCACGCCCCGCAGGUUGUGCUCGGCUCAUCCUCCUACUUCAGCGAGAUGGCAGGAACGCCGUACUGGAUGGCGCCGGAGGUCAUCCACUCGCACGUCGGCUACGGCAUCAAGGCGGACAUCUGGUCGUUCGGCAUCACGGCCCUCGAGCUCGCGCACGGGCGGCCGCCGCUCUCCCACCUGCCGCCGUCCAAGUCCAUGCUGCUGAGGGUCACGAGCCGCGUCAGGCUGGAGGACGCGGAGAACUCGAAGAAGAAGAAGUUCUCCAAGGCGUUCAAGGACAUGGUGUCCUCCUGCCUCUGCCAGGAGCCGGCCAAGCGGCCGUCGGCGGAGAAGCUGCUCCGGCACCCCUUCUUCAAGGGCUGCCGCUCCAAGGACUACCUCGUCCGCACCGUGCUCAGCGGCGUGCCGAGCAUCGAGGAGCGGUGCCUGCAGGACGUCACGAGCUUCUGCGGCUGUACCGCAGGGGGCGCGCGGUGCGUGUCGCCGUGCCACGGCCAGGCGAGCAUCGUCAAGAACCGCCGCAUGAGUGGCUGGAACUUCAGCGCAAAGGAAGAUGUGGAGAGCUUCGAGGAGCUCGAUCUGACCGGCACGGCAGCACGGCGGUUCCAUCUGGUUGAUGACGAAUAUCCCGUGCUCGAGCCAACUUGCGAAGGCGGCGCCGGAGAGGAUGAAGACAAGGGCAUGCCGCAAAGUGAAUGUGAUGAUCAAGAAAACGAGGAGGGGUUUGGCGUGAAAGGUGUGGUGGUGCCACAUCUGAUGACUAUCUUGGGGAGCCUCGAGCUGCAGAAAAGGAUGCUGGCGCAGGAACUGGAGGGUAGCUGCUAUCACCUCGACGGCAAUUGCUGCCGCGACACGACGGCGAGGGAGAAGAUGCUACUCGCGUACGUGCGGCAGCUCGAGGAGAGGGUGGAAGAGCUGACCUUGGAGGUGGAGGAGGAAAUCACCAGGAAUGCCCACCUGGAGGAGCUUCUGCACGAGAAGGCUACCUGAUAAUAAUAGGGACAAUCGGCAAGCUGGACAUUUUGCGUGACCGGCAUAUAACGUGCAGUCAUCCAUUUCGUUUGGGGAUGUACUCUCUUUGGUUCACCCAAUUUAAUUUGUAUCUAGUCUAUUUUUAGUAUGUAGGUUCACUCACUUUAUAUUGUAUCUAAUCUACUUUAUAAGUACCUAAAA